UGAGACUAUAACUUUGCCAACCAUGGCAUUAAACGUAAUCAAGACCUCCCGAAUCAGCCCUGCAACCACCUUACUCGAACCUCUCAUUCUCCCACUCACUUUCUUUGAUCUCAUGUGGCUAAAACUCAACCCCACCGAGAGAGUCACCUUCUACAGACUCACCGAGGCAUCAUCUCACGAAGCCUUCUACUCUAUGAUCCUCCCCAAACUCGAGAGAUCCCUUUCCCUCACCCUCACCCACUUCCUUCCACUCUCCGGCCACCUCAAGUGGAACCCACAAGAUCCAAAGCCCCACAUCGUUGUCUUACCACAAGACGCUGUCUCUCUCACAGUGGCCGAGACUAACGCUGAUUUCUCUCGUCUCUCCAGCAAAGGGCUUCGUCCUGAGACUGAGUUACGCCCUUUGCUACCCCCUGACUUACAUGUUUCCUCUGACUCGGUCUCUGUUGUUUCUUUACAGAUCACUCUCUUCCCAAACCAAGGGUUUUGCAUCGGAACCAAAGUCCACCACGUGGUCAUGGACGGAAAAACUGGUUCAAAGUUUCACAAAACAUGGGCUCAUAUAUGUAAACAUGGAACCAUGACAACACCUCGUGAUUUUAUUUUACCUACGCUUUUGGAUCGUUCGGUCAUUAACGUACCAUCAAGACUUGAACAAAAGGUUCUCGAACUAAUGUCGGACAAAGACAGCUGCCUAAAGCUGUCUCCCUGCAAAGAGUUAUACGACGACGUUUUCCGUAUCACGCUAGACGUGAGUCAAGAAAACGUUGAUAAACUCAAGGAGAGAGCCAAGAACGAGUGCUCUGAUGAUCUUCACUUGUCAACGUUCGUUGUAACGUUCGCUUACGUGUGGACAUGCAUGGUGAAGGCACGUGGAGGAGGCGAACCAGACCGACCGGUUCGGUUUAGGUACGCUGUUGAUCUAAGAAACCGGUUAGUCCCAUCAGUUCCCGAGACCUACUUUGGAAACUGUGUCAUACCCAUCGUGUUAGGUGAAUACAAAGCGAAGAUGUUUUUGGGAGAAGAUGGAUUCUUGAAUGGUGUCAAGAUUCUUAGUGACUCGGUCAAAGGUUGUGGUUCGAGAGGGGUUGAGUCAUUAUGGGAGCAGUACGAGGAAGGUAAAAAAAACUUGAAGAUGGGUACACAAGUGUUAGCUCUUACCGGGUCUAACCAGUUUGGGAUAUACGGGUCGGAUUUUGGGUGGGGAAGACCCGUUAAUACCGAGGUUAUGUCUAUUUAUGGGAACAAUAUGUUCUCUAUGUCGGCGAGGAGGGAUGGAACUGGUGGCGUUGAGAUUGGUGUUGCUUUAAAGAAAUGUGAGAUGGAUGUUUUUAUUUCUUUAUCCACAGGUGGAUUGUAGAUUUUUGAUUACACAUACAUAAUAUUUUGUUAUGUGAGUGUUUUCAUUUAUAAUUAAUUUUAAAACAUAAAUCAUAACUUAUUAUAUUAGUUUAAAUUAAUAAAAUAUAGACUAAUAAUAAAUUGUACGAAAAUUAUGUCCGUAUGUGUGGGCAAAACACCUAGU